GGCGGCGGCGGCGGCGGCGCUGGCCGGAGCCCGGCCCCAUGGCGCGGGGGGACGCGGGCCGCGGCCGCGGGCUCCUGGCGCUGACCUUCUGCCUGCUGGCGGCGCGCGGGGAGCUGCCCACACCACAGGAGACAACGCUAGAGCUGAGCUGUGCUGCGGGGCCAUUGCAAGUGAUCCUGGGUCCAGAACAAGCCACCAUACUGGACUGCAGUCUAGGGACUGCCACCACUGGACCCCCAACCAAGGUGACAUGGAGCAAGGAUGGGCACCCCCUCCUGGAACACGACCACCUGCGCCUGCUCCCCAACGGCUCCCUGUGGCUGUCCUGGUCUUUAGCAAUGGCUGACGGAGACGAAGAAGUGCCCGGGGAACUAGGGGCCAUUGAAGGCACGUAUUCCUGCCUGGCCCAUGGCCCUCUGGGAGUGAUUGCCAGCCAGGCCGCGGUGGUCAAGCUUGCCACACUGGAAGAUUUUUCUCUACACCCGGAGUUUCAGACAGUGGAGGAGAAUGGGACAGCCCGCUUCCAGUGCCACGUGGAGGGGCUGCCGGCCCCUGUUAUUACUUGGGAGAAGGACCAGGCGACAUUGCCUGAGGAGCCUCGGCUCAUCACUCUUCCCAAUGGCGUCCUCCAGAUCCUGGGGGUUCAGCAGAAUGACACCGGCUCCUACCGCUGUGUGGCCACCAACUCCGCCCGCCAGCGCUUCAGCCUUGAGGCCCCACUCAGUGUGGUCCACAGAGGAUCCCUGGCGGCCACCAGGGGGCAGGAUGUGGUCAUCGUGGCAGCCCCAGAGAACACCACUGUGGUGUCCGGGCAGAGCGUGGUGAUGGAGUGUGUCGCCUCUGCUGACCCCACGCCUUUUGUGUCCUGGGUCCGACAGGAUGGAAAGCCCAUCUCCACCGACGUCAUCGUCUUGGGUCGCACCAACCUACUUAUCGCCCAUGCUCAGCCCCGACACUCUGGAGUGUACGUGUGCCGGGCCAACAAGCCUCUCACGCGUGACUUUGCCACAGCCGCCGCGGAGCUGCGUGUGCUGGCGGCUCCCGCCAUCUCGCAGGCGCCCGAGGCGCUGUCGCGGACGCGGGCGAGCACCGCGCGCUUCGUGUGCCGCGCGUCGGGGGAGCCCCGGCCGGCCCUGCGCUGGCUGCACGACGGGGCGCCGCUGCGGCCCAACGGGCGGGUGAAGGUGCAAGGCGGCGGCGGCAGCCUGGUCAUCACGCAGAUCGGCCUGCAGGACGCCGGCUACUACCAGUGCGUGGCGGAGAACAGCGCGGGGACGGCGUGCGCCGCCGCGCCGCUGGCCGUGGUGGUGCGGGAGGGGCUGCCCAGCGCGCCCACGCGGGUCACCGCCACGCCGCUGAGCAGCUCCGCCGUGCUGGUGGCCUGGGAGCGGCCCGAGCUGCACAGCGAGCACAUCAUCGGCUUCUCCCUCCACUACCAGAAGGCCCGGGGCUUGGACAAUGUGGAAUACCAGUUUGCACUGAACAAUGACACCACAGAACUUCAGGUUCGCGAUCUGGAACCGAACACGGAUUAUGAGUUCUAUGUGGUGGCCUACUCCCAGCUGGGGGCCAGCCGCACCUCUAUUCCUGCGCUGGUCCACACGCUGGAUGACGUCCCCAGUGCAGCGCCCCAGCUUGCCCUGUCCAGCCCCAACCCCUCGGACAUCAGGGUGGCGUGGCUGCCCCUGCCCCCCAACCUGAGCAAUGGGCAGGUGGUGAAGUACAAGAUAGAGUACGGUUUGGGAAAGGAAGCAGAUCAAGUGAUCUCCACCGAGGUGCCAGGGAACGAGACGCAGCUCACAUUAAACUCGCUUCAGCCGAACAAAGUGUACCGCGUCCGGAUAUCGGCUGGCACUGGGGCCGGCUACGGGGCUCCCUCCCAGUGGGUGCAGCACAGGACUCCCGGAGCCCACAACCAGAGCCACGUCCCUUUUGCCCCUGCAGAAUUGAAGGUGCGGGCAAGGAUGGAGUCUCUGGUGGUGUCGUGGCAGCCACCCCCUCACCCUACCCAGAUCUCUGGCUACAAACUGUACUGGCGGGAAGUAGGAGCAGAGGAGGAAGCUGAUGGUGGCCGCCCGCCGGGGGGCCGUGGAGACCAGGCUUGGGAUGUGGGUCCUGUCCGGCUCAAGAAGAAAGUGAAGCAGUAUGAACUGACCCAGCUAGUCCCCGGCCAGCUAUACGAGGUGAAGCUUGUGGCCUUCAAUAAACACGAGGAUGGCUACGCGGCCGUGUGGAAGGGGAAGACCGAGAAGGCACCCGCGCCAGACCUGCCCAUCCCGCGGGGGCCGCCCCUGCCCCCCGCCCACGUGCACGCGGAAUCCAACAGCUCCACCUCCAUCUGGCUGCGCUGGAAGAAGCCCGACUUCACCACCGUCAAGAUUGUCAACUACACCGUGCGCUUCAGCCCCUGGGGGCUCCGGAACGCCUCCCUCGUCACCUACUACACCAGUGCGGGAGAGGACAUUCUCAUUGGAGGGCUGAAGCCGUUCACCAAGUACGAAUUCGCGGUGCAGUCCCACGGCGUGGACGUGGACGGGCCGUUUGGCUCGGUGGUGGAGCGCUCCACCCUGCCUGACCGGCCCUCAACGCCACCAUCCGACCUGCGCCUGAGUCCGCUGACACCGUCCACCGUCCGGCUGCACUGGUGUCCUCCCACGGAGCCCAACGGUGAGAUCGUGGAGUAUCUGAUCCUCUACAGCAACAAUCACACCCAGCCGGAGCAUCAGUGGACACUGCUCACCACAGAGGGAAACAUCUUCAGCGCUGAGGUGCACGGCCUGGAGAGCGACACGAGGUACUUCUUCAAGAUGGGGGCGCGCACAGAAGUAGGGCCCGGGCCCUUCUCUGGCUUGCAGGAUGUCAUCACUCUCCAGGAGAGGCUGUCAGACUCCUUGGACGUGCACUCGGUCACUGGCAUCAUCGUGGGCGUCUGCCUGGGCCUCCUCUGCCUCCUGGCCUGCAUGUGCGCCGGCCUGCGCCGCAGCCCCCAUAGGGAAGCCCUCCCGGGCCUGUCCUCCACGUCCGCCCCUGGGAACCCCGCACUCUACUCCAGAGCCCGGCUCGGUCCCCCCAGUCUCCCCGCUGCCCAUGAGCUGGAGUCCCUCGUGCACCCUCGUCCUCAGGACUGGUCCCCACCACCCUCUGACAUGGAGGACAGGGCUGAAGUGCACAGCCUGAUGGGCGGUGGCGUGUCUGACUGCCCCGGCCACUCUAAGAGAAAGAUCUCUUGGGCUCAGCCCAGUGGACCCAACUGGGCAGGUUCCUGGGCAGGCUGUGAGCUGCCCCAGGCUGGCCCCAGGCCUGCUUUGACCCGAGCUCUGCUGCCCCCUGCUGGAACUGGACAGACACUGUUGCUGCAGGCUCUCGUGUACGAUGCCAUCAAGGGCAACGGGAGGAAGAAAACCCCGCCAGCCUGCAGGAACCAAGUGGAGGCCGAGGUCAUCGUCCACUCGGACUUCAGUGCAUCCAAAGGAAGCCCUGCCCUCCAUCUCCAAGACCUGGAAUCCGAGGUCGCCCUGCCUUCCGAGGCCCCCGCGCUCACUUCCGGUGUUGUGGAUCUUGGACAAGGAGCUGAUUGGCUGGACCGAGAGCUGGGCGGGUUCGAGCAGGCAGCCACUGGGCCAGACAGACUUAGCUGCCUGCCGGAAGCAUCCAGCACCACCUGCUCCUAUCGGGACGUCCCAUCCAGUGAGGCUUUGGAAGAGGACCCUGGGAACAGCUGCCAGCCCAAAGCCCCCUGUCCUCAAGGAGCCAGCCCAGGCCUCCCUAGAGCCCCCUUUCCUUCCUCUGCUUAGCUCCUCUGAGCAGAAAGUGCAUUUGAGGCAGGCUGGUGGGGCUCACAGAACAGAACACGCACAACCACGUGUGUACACAUGUGGACUGCAGGCCUGACCAGGUCUCUUGGCGCUUCCCAGGGUGCCUUGGCCACAGGGGAGAGAAAGAACUGGAAUAUUCACUCCCCUCUUACUCUGUGCCACACACCCGGUGACACUCAGCCGCCUGCGGCAGUGCCGAUGCGUGGAGCCACACAGACACGUCCUAGGGCGGGAGCUGGGGACAACUGGCCCCGCUCAGUGGCCGCCACUGUCUUUGAUCCUCCAAGUCAGGACAGUGGGCCACUGGGGUCAGUCUCCAGUCGUGUGGGCCCACCCCCACCCCCCAGCCUCCUGUUACACACUCUGAGAGUGCCUCCCUUUCCCUGUCUGCAAGGACAGCCCCGGCCCGGCUCCUGCUGGCUGGGCUGAGCCUUGUAGCCUGAUCACCGUCAUUCCCUGUCCUCCCUACCCAAAUUGCCAGCGUCAGCCUGGUUCCCCGACCUCCCUAGCAACUCCACACCUAAUUUUUGCCAUUUGGGAAGUGCCUGGAUCUGGAGAUCUCUCUCUCUCUCUCCCUCUCCCCCCCCCCCUCUCUCUCU